AUGGCAGACAAUAAGCCAACUCUCCAUCACUUAGAUCACUCCCAAUCUCAACGUAUCCUCUGGCUUCUUGAAGAGCUAGGUAUUGAAUACAAUGUCAUCUACCACUUCCGCAAACCUGCCGAUGAUCCUAUUGCCCCUUUCCGCGCUCCCGAAUCCCUCAAAGCCCUCGGCCCAUAUGGAAAGGCCCCAGUUCUGACAACUGGUGCCGCGGAUGGUAAUCGAUAUAUUCCCGAAAGCGAUGCUAUAUGCACAUAUCUUCUUCGCAAGUUUGACACCGAGGAUAAGUUUGGCUUAAAUAGCGGUGAUUGGGUUAGAGAUGAGAUCCUUACUUGUUUCAAUCUUACGACUUUCGUGCGAUCGGUUUACUUCGUCCUUUUUAUUGAUCUAGAUUUCAUUAGGAAUGGAGUUGUAGAUUGGUUUGAUGGUCCCGAGUUGAGGGAGAUUCUAACUAUCUUGGACGAAGAACUAAAAAAUGCACCGGAAGGUGGGUAUUUCAUGGGGAAGAAUCCUAGUAGGGCUGAUAUUAUGAUGGAGUUUCCUAUGAGCUUCGUAAAGCAUAGGAACUGGGUCGAUCUAGAAAGGGAAUUUCCUAGAUUGGAUGAGUGGUUGAAGAGAGUUUAUGAUAGGCCUGCUUGGAAGCGAGGAUUGCAGAAGGGUAAUGGUUCUUACGAUCUUAAUGUUUUUCCCAAACGAGCUGUAACUUCAUGA